AUGGAUUUCAUGCCAAGUCAAGAAAACAGCACUCACCCCAAGCUACCAUCAAUCAUGAAGUUCGCAGCAGCGCUGAUGCUGGUGCUGCCCCUCAUCGCCUCUGGCCGAGUUCCUCUGGCCAAGACCGAGGAAGAGGGCGACAUCUGGGCUGUUCUGGUCGCCGGAACUGAGGAAUGGGAUGAAUACCGCUUUGAGGCCGACAUUUGCCACGCAUAUCAGAUCUUGAGUGCAAAUGGCCUCCCUGAUGACCACAUCGUUGUGAUGAUGUUCGAUAACAUCGCUGGUAACAUGGUGAAUCCAUUCCCUGGCAAGAUUUUCAACAAUCCUACUGGGGAUGACGUGUACGCCGGAGUCCCUAAGGAUUACACGGGUUUACAAGUAAACCCCGAGAACUUCUUCAAGGUCCUCAGGGGUGAUGCCGAGGGACUUGAAGGUAUUGGCUCGGGAAAGGUUAUCAACAGUGGCCCCAAUGACAGGGUCUUCGUUAGCAUAGAGGGCUUUGGAGAGACUGGUAUCUUCUACUUCCCCAGAGAAACCAUGUGGGCCAAUGACUUUGCAAACAUUGUCCUGGAGAUGAAACAAAAUAACAGAUUCAGAGGUGUCUCUACCAAAUGCUAA